GAGCUGAGAUUGAAAACAGGUAUGUUGAUAGCAGCUAGCAGGUUACUUUGUGAAGUUGUAAAAUUGUCAGACACUAAUAUCAAUAUACGAUUUAUAAGUUUGGACAAGAGUGAACAAAUACAAAAGACAAAUUCGCCCAAGUCAUUCCAUCUUUCUAAUGUCAACACAUUGCUGAGUUGCAAACUUUAAAUUUGUGUCACAAAAUUUUGAUCCAACAGGAUGGAAAUCAACGUUUUAAAAUUUAGUCGGAAACCUAACACAGAGAUUAUCCAUGUCGUUUGAGCGAUGUAGCGAUGACCAAAAACCACUUUGAUCAUGGACUUUUUUUAAAACUAAGAGUUAUACUUUACUGUGUAUUAUUUAUUUUAACAGACCAAAAUGUUGGCAUUCCUAGCGACUUUGAUCUUGGCGUUUCUAUGGGGACAGUGUAAGUUUUUAUAGUUUCUAUUUUUUUUUACAUAAUCAGAUGUAUAAUCGUUAUAUGUAGCCGGAUUAGACUUCCAUAACGUAAGAGAAUUGAUGUACAGACAGUACGAGGCAUACGGCAUGCACUGAAUGAUACACAAUUAAAUCUUGUCGUGUUUAAGGAAAAUCCUGCACUGCAUCUUUCUCUCUGUUGCAAGAUUGGAAAUAUAAAACAGACGGGUAGUGUUCUGCCUACUGGAAGCCAGCUGGCCAGCUCUGCUCUGAGAUAUAUAUAUAUAUAUAUAUAUAUAUAUAUAUAUAUAUAUAUAUAUGUGUGUAUAUAUUUGUUUAAGGAAAAUCCUGCACUGCAUCUUUCUCUCUGUUGCAAGAUUGGAAAUAUAAAACAGACGGGUAGUGUUCUGCCUACUGGAAGCGAGCUGGCCAGCUCUGCUCUGAGAUAUAUAUAUAUAUAUAUAUAUAUAUAUAUAUAUAUAUAUCUAUGUGUGUAUAUAUCCAUCUUUCAGUUUGUAUUUUUAAAAGUGAUUGGCUAACCCAAAUAAUGUCAUUACAGUUGGUUGACCAUUGUAACAACCCUAACCCGUUACUAAGACAACAUUUUAAUGUUUGAAAUCAAUUCACCAGCUUUAAGAGGAUUAAUUUUUUUAUAACAUCUCCCAGCGUACGCCUCGGUUUACAAGUGUGAGACGUUCUUGUACGUUGAGAACAAGAACCUCUCGGUACUGUGUCAGUUCAGUGGAGUCGAUCCGGGAGUGAGAAACUGUCAGCUGUACUGGAAACGUAAGGUAAGUGUGUCUACGCCAGACUUAAUGUAAUUGUCUACACCAGACUUAGUGUGUCUAUACCAGAAUUAAUGUGUCUAUACCAGACUUAGUGUGUCUAUACCAGACUUAGUGUGUCUAUACCAGAAUUAAUGUGUCUAUAACAGAGUUAGUGUGUCUAUACCAGACUUUAUGUGUCUAUACCAGACUUAGUGUGUCUAUACCAGAAUUAAUGUGUCUAUACCAGACUUAAUGUAAGUGUAUUUAAACCAGACCUAUAAUGCGAGUGCCUGCACCAGAAUUAAUGUGUCUAUACCAGACUUAGUGUGUCUAUACCAGACUUAGUGUGUCUAUACCAGACUUAAUGUGUCUAUACCAGACUUAGUGUGUCUAUACCAGAAUUAAUGUGUCUAUUCCAGACUUAAUUUGUCUACACCAGACUCAAUGUGUCUAUACCAGUCUCAAUGUGUCUAUACCAGACUUAGUUUGUCUACACUAGACUUAAAGGUCAAUGUUGACAUAUGGACACGGUGAGCGUCCAAUCAGGUCACACUUUAUUACACCCACUCGUCCGAUUAUUAUUAUUAUUUUUUUUUUUGGUUUACCCACCGUUCAAAUUGUAAUAGCUCGAUACGUCACGUGGUCCACUUUUUUACCAUAGGCCUUGGCUUCUUUUGUAUCUGUGUGUUCUUGUUGUUGUUGAAAAUCUAGAUCCAUUAUUUCCCUGUACUUUAGUUUUAUCAUCCAAAUUUUGUAGCUGUUUGAGCAUGUGGCCAUCAACAUCAUUAUCUUCAUCAUCAGAUCUUAAAUAGCUGCAAUGGCUUGAUUAAAACCAGAAUCAAAGGAUAAGGGUUAUUUCCAAUUGUAAAAAAAAAUAGAUUCUUGUAUUAAUAUUUUUGACGGAUAAAAUUUAGAUAAAAGUGUGUUUUUGUGUGUGUGUAUUUUUUUUAACUUUCUGUGGUUGUAAUAAUAAAUGCAUGAGAUACCUAGCCGGUAGGGGAAAGGGGUGGGGGGGGGAUCCUCCCAUAGUUGCUAGUGCUUUUGGAAACUUGAGAGAUAGAAAGGUGCGCACUUUUGAGAGUUCGUCAUUUCAUUAACAACAAUAGUUUUGUCUACUGAUGGCACGCGUAGGCCGCACUUAAAUGACAUCACCCUUAGGUGUAAGCGAUGAGCUGCACCAGGCAGGGGAGUAGCUGAAGUUUGUGCCGCCCGGGGGCGUUACAUUGAUAGUGACGUCACUCACGAAUACCUCAAGAAACAAAGAAUCCACACCCCCACUAUUACAUGUGCAAUAAUUUGUAAAAUCAAGGGAUCAAGCCUUCUGCCACCAUUAUGUACCACCCUAUGCGGAACACUCCCUCCGCCCCCAGUCUUCCAGCCCCCGUGCCUCCAUGGCCUACUUCUAACCACGUCACUUGUUGAUUCAAAAUACCUAUGCAGAUGUGGGUCCCCUUGUCAUUGCUGUGACCAGGGGCUUGUUUCCCGUCUAUGCGCAAGUUUCAAAUGGAACACCAGACUAGCUCUCGCGUUUUUGUUUGACCCUGUUAUUUUCUUAAUGCCGCUACACUUACUCCAGUACUAAAGCUCUAUAAAACCACUAAAGAUGAUAAAUUAUGAAAAAAUUAAAUGAACGACCUGAAACAUAAAAUUGCAAUAGGCCUUUCCGUGCUACAUACAUAACAAGUAAUCGGCGGCUGAUUAGGGUAAACCAAUUAAUCGGUAAUCGGCCAAUUUGCAAAUGACAAAUGUGCAACACUAGUAAAAAGAACAGAGACCUUUGUCUAGAACAUAAUUUAGGAACAAAAGCUUAAGAACUUUUAUGAAACAAAAACCAGUAAGCAUUUCCCAAAGUCCCAAAAAAGGAAAAAAAAAAGAACAUAUACACAUCACAGAAAAAACGUAAACAUCUGAACAUACGAUAAGAGAAUGGUCUAUCUAUCUUUUUUUAUUAUUGUAUCCUACAGGACCAGAGCACUCUCCUGACUGGAACUCGCGUGACCACCGUGCCGGACAGCCCUGCCAAGUUCAAUGUCUUCUGCUCCGUCAAUCUCACCGUGUCGUCUCUCGGCCAGGGAUCCCACGAGUUCUCGGCAGUGCUCUCACCGCGUACUGGUGUGCAAGCUCGCACCCAGCCUGUCCAGGUUGAAUUUUGUAGGUCAUGAUAUUGGGUCGUGUUCAUUUGGGGGAUGGUGGAAUGAGUGAGCUAAGAUAUAAAUAUGUUAUAGAAAAAUAUAUUUAAAUCAACAAAAAAGAACAACCUGAUUUGACUAUUAAAAUAAAAAAUAGGAUUAGAUUCUAAUUAAAUUCUUGGAUCAAUGUACCAGGCGGAGUGUACCAGGUGCAAUGUACUAUUCAUGAAGUCCCAAGGGAAAUAUACCAAGGUUCAUGUCUCAGAUGCAAUGUACUAAGUGUGGCAUAUCUGAAUUGAUUAAUGAGGUGUAACGUACCAGGCACAAAAAUACCCAGUGAAUAAAAAUAACCAAGGUUUAUGUAUCAGAUGACGUGUACCAUUUCUACCGUACAAUGUGUGGACCACGUGGUGCAAUAUGUUCAAUAGAAACAGUGGAACAAGUUGACCCUAAUAUCAAUAAGUCACGAGUUCAUCAACUUAGUCAUGUGGCUUGUUGUUGUUGUUUUGUUUUUUUACAGCAUUGCCAGAGGUCAGUCUGAAUCGUGACUGUUACUUCCCUUGGUCAAGGGUCGAUAACUGUCUUCUGGAGCCUUUGGGUUAUUGCACAUGUGACCUAACUAAGGCGGGCUACCCUGCAGGGCGUGCCGAGUGGUUCCUCGAGGGGGCGUUAACCAAUCAGGAGAGAUCUGACAGCUCAUCCAGACUGGUUGUAAGGAACCCAAAAACUAACACCCGUAAGUUCAACAAAGUAUGUGUCGCAAUUUAAGCGUUGUCGCUCAAAGUUUGUCUUGGGGGUUAAGUCACUCUGUUGAUCCUCGAUUCCACAAGAUCGUAAGCCCUGGACUCGUGAAUUUUUUUUUUCUAAACCCCCGGUCUGGUUACAUUGGGUCCCGACCUACUUGCGUUCGCCUAAUAUCCGCAUUUUUCCCCCUUAUUAUUUUUACCUUCUUCAUUUUAGACAUUAGUUCCCGAAUAGUUCUUAUCUAGAAUAAACAAUUGUUUCAGAAGCUUUUUCUGGGUUGUUCAAUUCCACGAUGUUAGGAACGGCCUUACAUUGUGGACGAAUACAUGUUUUAUUAGAAACAUUAAGAAAAUAAAGUAAGCAGCUAUAAUAAAAUUUACAACUUCCAGUUAUGACUUUGAUGACUUUGAAAUAUGUGUAUGAUUUUUGCGUAGCCAAGUUCCUUCCCGUUAUAAUUAUCACGCCGAAACAACAGCAGAUUGAUUAGCGCAAUCAACAGCAGAGGGAUUAGCGUAAUCAACAGCAGAGGGAUUAGCGUAAUCAAAAGCAGAGGGAUUAGCGUAAUCAAAAGCAGAGGAAUUAGAGUAAUCAAAAGCAGAGGGAUUAGCUUAAUCAACAGCAGAGGGAUUAGCGUAAUCUAAGCAGAGGGAUUAGAGUAAUCAAAAGCAGAGGGAUUAGCUUAAUCAACAGCAGAGGGAUUAGCGUAAUCAACAGCAGAGGGAUUAGCGUAAUCAACAGCAGAGGGAUUAGCGUAAACAACAGCAGAGGGAUUAGUGUAAUCAACAGCAGAGGGAUUAGCGUAAACAACAGCAGAGGGAUUAGCGUAAUCAACAGCAGAGGGAUUAGAGUAAACAACAGCAGAGGGAUUAGAGAAAACUACAGCAGAUAUUGAUUAGCGUCUAAUGUCAAUGGAACAUGGACCACUGUGUUAUGAGGUAUUGAAAUGAUCUCAUGAAAGAAAUAUGAUUGUUCUCUUUCAUUUCGCUUUCAUUUACACGCUGAGCGAAAUUAUUUUACAUCACGACGGAAGAUUUUUCAACCAUAUUUAACACACACACACACACACACACACACACACACACACACACACACACAUAUAUAUAUAUAUAUAUAUAUAUAUAUAUAUAUAUAUAUAUCUUACAUUAACGCCUGUACUCAGCACUAAAUAUGAUUAUUUAAGAUAAUCUAUCAUGGCUAGCAGUAACGUAUUAAUUAAGCUACGUAUAAAAAUUCAUUUUUUUCCCAAUCAUUUAAAUUCUUUAUCAUUGCAUUCUGUCGAUGCAGCAGUGAGACUCCAGAAGUUCGUGUGUAUUGGUACGUCUGCACUUGGAACACAACAAACAAGAGCGGAGUUCGAAGUCAAAUUUCCUUGUAAGUUGAUAUAGCUUGUAAGACGCUAUUGGUCGUAAGUUGAUAUGGGUCGUAAGUUGAAAUGGGUUGUAAGUUGAUAUAGCUUGUAAGUUAUUGUAGCCUGCAAGUUAAUAUGGCUAGCAUGUUAAUGUAGCUCUUUAGUUGAUAAUAUUUUUUUUUUAAACGGGGAANGAACGUUCGCUGUCCUCUCGAAUUCCUCUUUUCAGCUAAGCACAAUUUUAUUUUAUUUCUUUUUUUACUGUUGUUUGUUCGCUGACGAAGGCUUCCAUGCCGAGACGUUCGUUGUUUUGGGUGCUUUUUUUUUUUUCUUCAGUUUUUCCCCCAUAAUUUGUUUCACUCAUUUCCUCUUAUGUCAAUGUAGCUUCUAAUUUGAUAUAGCUGAAUGGUUAAUUUAGAUGACAAGUAGAUUUAGCUUGUGGGAUCGCCUGCAAUUUUAGAACAUUGAAAACUAAAAAAUUGAAUUUAAAAAUCAAUUUAUAUUAUAACAUUUUGGCGUUGGAACAAUGAGAUGAUAUUGAGGAGGUAAUAUCUACAAAUUGGAACAAUGAGAUGAUGUUGAUGGGGUGAUAUCUAUAAAUUGUAACAAUCGGAUGAUGGUGGGGAGGUAAUAUCUAUAAAUUGGAACAAUGAAAUGAUGGUGGGGAGGUAAUAUCUAUAAAUUGAAACAAUGAGAUGAUGGUGGGGAGGUAAUAUCUAUAAAUUGGAACAAUGAGAUGAUGGUGGGGAGGUAAUAUCUUUAAACUGGAACAAUGAGAUGAUUGUGGGCAGGAAAUCUCCAUAACUUGUUGGAACAAUGACAUGAUCGUGCGGAGGUAAUCUCCAUAACUUGUUGGAACAAUCAGGUGAUGGUGGGGAGGUAAUCUCCAUAACUUGUUGGAACAAUCAGGUGAUGGUGGGGAGGUAAUCUCCAUAACUUGUUGGAACAAUCAGGUGAUGUGAGGAGGUAAUCUCCAUAACUUGUUGCAAAAAUGAAAUGGUAGUGGGGAGAUAAUCUCCAUAGUUUUAAACCAUAAGUGACAAAACACAAAUUACAUUAAUGUUUAUUUUUUUUUUAUUGUUUUUUUUUUUACAAACCAACAAAUUUGUAAUUAUUUUUAAAAAAUAUUAUUGAAUUUUUAAUCAUCCUACAGUUGGUCCGACCGCCAUGAGCCUUAGACAAGCCAAUAGAAAAGGCGACAACAAGUUCGACCUCUGCCCCGUAAUACACAAAUUACAUUAAUGUUUAUUUUUUUUUUAUUGUUUUUUUUUUUACAAACCAACAAAUUUGUAAUUAUUUUUAAAAAAUAUUAUUGAAUGUAUAAUCAUCCUACAGUUGGUCCGACCGCCAUGAGCCUUAGACAAGCCAAUAGAAACGGCGACAACAAGUUCGACCUCUGCCCCGGAAAAUCAGAAGAGCUAAAUAUAGAAUGUGACGUCCCGGUGGCGGAUGUUUUCCCGGCGCCGUGGUUUCACUUCCGGGUCAACGACACGAUCCCCACCUACAACUUGUAUGCCGGAGAAGUGGUGGGCAGCGUUCACAGGUUUCAAAAGAGCGUCCGGCCUGUGUCUGGGGGCACCCUCAAUGUGCAGUGCCAGCCUCUCAACAGCUGUAGUAAAAGACAAGUGCAGGACACAAUCUCCAUUCAAGUUCGGGGUAGGGCCGUAAGAAAUUAGCAGUUGAUGUUGGUGGUGGGUUUUUGUUGUUUGGGAGCUUUUCUGGUGUAAAGAGGUACCGGUAGCAAGUGUGAGCAUAAGGGGGUGGGGGGUGCUGAAAAAAAAAAGCCUUUGAUAUAGAAUACGAUAGCGACCCCCUUCAAACUGCUCUAUUUGGAUACUGAUUGACCAUACUUUCAGCGAUAUGUUGCAGAUGGGGAAACAAUCGAUACGGUACUUAAACAACCCCUCCUAACCCCCUUCCAAUGCCAAUGCCUUAUUUCAUGGCCAUAAUAUUUAUUAGUCUUUUGACAAGACAUUAAACUGCAUGUUUUUUUUUGGUUUUUUUUUUUUUUGGCAUUGGUCCGUCGAGGACCCACCAAAAUCGGAUAACUUUAAAUGUGUCAAAGGUCGGUGAAAUAAAUUAUUUGACUUCAUGCACUAAGCGGAGCGCAAGAAAAAGUUUAGCUACGGCCUGUAUGAUGUCCAGCAAAGAUAGACAACGAAACCAAUCUACGACUUUGAACUCAAUGUGGUUUAAGUGAUCUGUAUCCACUUUGUUCUAGGAAAAAUGAUACCGUUACAGAAAUAUUGAACACUGUUUUAGAACACAAUAUUUGAACAUAAUAUUUUUAGCAAAAUAUUUUUAACGCAAUGUUUGAAAACCAUGUUAAAAUAGACUAUUUGAACACAAGGUUUAGACACAAUAUUUGAACAUAAUAAUAUAUCAUUUGAACAGAGCCCCCCAAGGCGCUCCCACGCUUGGUGAUAAACGGAAAGUCUUACAAUGGAAGCGGACUUGCCAGUGAAGCCAUCCGUAACGGGGACACUGUCGUGGUGUCAUGCACCAUCGACGGGGGAGUGCCCGCGGUCUCUGACGUCACUCUCACGUGCCCCGGCCAAACGCUGACGUCGCGAGGAAACUCCGUCCAGCUGACGACCUUCAGGGCUAGAAGGCCCCUAAGCGGUCAGAGCUGCUUGUGCAGUGCUAACCACGUGACCGGAUGCUACAGCGGGAGAACGGACGUUGUCCUCAACGUGGGAGGUAAUUGGAUGUAUAUCAAUAAAUAGUUCUGUAGGUCUUUACAAAAAUUGAGCAUUAAGUUCAAGGUCGUGAUUCAACCACACCCUUACGCAGCUAAGUUCAUAGGUAAGAUCAACAAAUGGACACAAUCAGCCGCCAACAGUUGGCAACCACCGAAUUGAUUUGCAACUUUUCAGGAAAUAUCAACCAAGCAAAAUUAUUCAAGAAGGUAAAACAAUCAAUGAACGUGUUGGCACCAACAAAAAAGCAUUUCUUUCCCUUUGGCCGUGUCCAUGAGAAACUUGCAAAAAUGAUGUGGUCCCUGGCCUCCGCUGCCUUAAGGUGUCAACUGGUUGCUUCAAGAACAGUUAUAACUUGAUGACUGUACAUUAACCAAAAAGUUGUAAAAUAAUAUAUACCUAGAUUGUUCAAUAACGUUGAGUACGUGUUUUGUUUCAUUGAAAAAAAAAUUGAUUUAUUGUCUAUGCACUGGACAAAAGAAACGUAAUAGCUAUUUAGAGCCAAGUCAAUUAAAAUAGUUUAUUAAAAUUGUAUGCUUAAAAUUGCUCUUAAUGAUAUUCCAGUAUAAAAGGAGCACAGACUUGGGACGACUUCGGAAAACAAAGAAUAUGGCGUACUUUAUGUGUACUUAUUUCCUAACCUGGUUUCUUUAAUAUAACUGAAACAAGUGGUAAUGUAUAAUUCGAUUUUAAGAAUUGAAAUUGUGCUUUAAAUAAAUAUUUUUUUUAAAUUCCUCAAGACUACAGUUAUAUUAGAAAAAUCUUUUUUUUUUCUUACAUGAAAGAAAAUGCUAUUGAAAUGCAAAUAAAUGAACAACUCCAAAGAUGAGUCAUGUAUUGGAUAAUUUUUUAUUAAUUUGUUUUG